AAACACGCGAUAUUGGCGUUUCAAAUUUUUCCACGGUCUUUCAAUUGAAUGCUACGCCAUUGAACAGAAUUCGUAAGGUAUUUUUAAACGCAAUUUCUGAUUGGCCAAUAGCGACACACCUCCGACAGAACCGCAUCGUUUCGCACAAAAUUACUCUGAUAUUAUCGUAUCGGUUUCAAUGGCGGAUAAUACAAUUGAAAGACCGACGGAAAAAUAAAAAGUAAAUAUUGCGUGUAGCAGAUGAUACUGACGGUGCAAUGCAGUCCUUUAAGAUGAAGUUUACAGUCAUAUUUAUUGCAUUGAUCAGCAUAGCAUAUGGAGCCAACCACUUCUGCUGGAGCGUGGACCGAAUAGCAGAUGAGGUCAUCAAACACACGGACACGAAUGGCGACGGUAUACUUUCUUCUGGUGAACUCAAAGCGGAACUGAUUUCUGAAUGGGAUUUGUCCAACACGUCUUGUUUGUCCUACCACGAGUUUACUGCAAACUGGGUUUUGAAGUUCCAUGAUCAUCACGACACUGCGCAUGCGUUCUUCAACACACUGGACACUUCCAAAGACAAGCAGUUGUGUGAAAAUGAAGUGACUGCUCACAUAGGGCAGUACGAUACGAACCCAAGUAGAGUACAGUUUUAA